UAAACGAGAAGGAUCGACAAGGGUUCCACAACAUGUGCAGGAUCGUCUCCCUACGCAUGAUAGUCUUCCAACAUCUUAAACGUGGUGUGGUUUCCAGUUUCCACCUGAUGGAACUGAACUUGAAGUAAGUAGGGUGCGUCGUCGUGUUUCUUCCCCGCUGCCGUCUCUCUCUCUCACAAAUCCUCCUCCAACUCCGAACCAACUGACCCUGUAGCCGCGGCUGCCGGAAACUGAACAACUGCCGCCUUAAUGGCGACCGGCUCCAUUAAAAUGGCCUCCGGCGUGGUGCGACCGCCGAUCAUCAAACGGACGCAGCAGCCGGCAGCCCUGCGAGCGGACGAGCGAGGGGGGAGAUCCGAGGAAGCGGCGGGGAGGAUCGAUCGAUGGCGAAGGGGACGACGGAGAUGGAGGUCGGGUCCGACGGCGUCGCCGUCAUCUACGUCGUCAACCCGCCCGUGAACGCCCUCUCCAUCGACGUCUGGUAUAGCUUGAAACGGCACUAUGAAGAGGCGCUUCAAAGGGAAGAUGUGAAAGCUAUUGUUCUUACAGGAAGUGGAAGGUCAUUUUCUGCUGGACUCGACGUUAGUGUCUUCGCUGAUAUUCACAAACCGGAGCAGCUAAAGGAUCACUGCAUAUUGAUUGAAGCCAUGACUGAUAUUUUCGAAGAUGCUGGGAAACCAUCAGUGGCUGCUAUUGAUGGCCCUGCUCUUGGUGGAGGUUUAGAAAUUUCCAUGGUAUGCCAAGCACGCAUUUCAACUUCUAAUGCUCAAUUAGGCCUCACGGAGCUUCAGUUUGGAGUAAUACCUGGAUUUGGAGGAACACAGCGCCUUCCCCGCCUUGUUGGACUGACAAAAGCACUUGAAAUGAUGAUGCUCUCGAAGCCAAUAAAAGCUGAAGAAGCCCAUGAGCUGGGUCUUGUCGACGCUGUUGUUUCACCUAACGAUUUGUUGAAUGAUGCCCGCCGUUGGGCUUUGGACAUCUGUGAGUCCAAAAGGCCAUGGGUCCGAGCCCUCUACAAAACUGACAAGCUUGAAUCCCCUGAGGUGGCCAGAGAGAUCCUCAAUUCUGCCAGAGUUCAGUCUCGGAAGCAGGCUGCCAAUCUUCAGCAUCCACUCGUCUGUAUCGAUGCUGUCGAAGAAGGUAUAGUUUCAGGGCCACGAGCCGGGCUUCGGAAGGAAGCCAUGGCUUUUCAGGAACUCUUUUUCUCAGGUACAUGCAAAAGCUUGAUUCAUGUGUUCUUUUCACAACGUGCGACAUCAAAGCAGGUUCCUGGGGUCACAGACUUAGGUUUGAUGCCAAGGAAGGUAUCUAAAGUUGCCAUUGUUGGUGGUGGACCUAUGGGUUCUGGAAUCGCAACCACGCUGAUACUAAGCCAUUAUCCUGUUAUACUCAAAGAAAUCAAUGAGAAAUUCCUAAACGCAGGAAUUGGCAGGAUCAAAGAAAACUUGCAGAGUCGUGUAAGGAAAGGAAAAAUGACCAAGGACAACUAUGACAAGACCCUCUCACUUCUUACAGGUGUCCUCGAUUAUGAAAAAUUCAAGAGUGUUGACUUAGCAAUCGAGACAGUCGUAGAGAAUGUGAAGUUGAAGCAGCAGAUUUUUGCUGAGUUGGAGCAACACUGUCCUUCCCAUUGUAUUCUUGCCACCAACACUUCCACCAUUGAUCUUGACCUGAUCGGAGAGAAGACAAAUUCCCAAGACCGCAUUGUUGGCACACACUUCUUCGCUCCAGCUCAUAUCAUGCCUCUUCUCGAGAUAGUCCGCACCCCUCGUGCCUCUCUGCAAGCAGUUGUCACCAUGCUGGAUGUGGGGAAGAAGAUCAAGAAGACACCAAUAGUGGUCGGAAACUGUACCGGCUUCGCGGUUAACCGGAUGUUCUUUCCGUACACUCAGGCAGCACUCUUACUUGUUGAUCAUGGAAUGGAUGUUGACAAGAUCGAUCAGGCUUGUAUUGAAUUCGGGAUGCCAAUUGGUCCAUUCAGAAUGACAGAUCUGGUUGGUUUUGACGUUGCUCUAGCCACAGGCAUGCAGUACCUUGAAAACUUCCCUGAGCGGGUCUACAAGUCAAUGCUGAUUCCUCUCAUGACUGAAGACAAAAGAACAGGUGAAGCCUCCCAAAAGGGGUUUUACAAGUAUGAGGGUAAGAGGAAGGCGAGCCCUGAUCCUGAAAUCACGAGCUAUGUCGAGGAGUCGAGGAGAAUUUCAGGAGCCACACCUGAUCCUGAGUUGCUCAAGAUUGACAACAGCGCGAUAGCAGAGAUGGUGUUCUUCCCGGUUAUCAACGAAGCCUGCCGUGUCCUGGGCGAGGGCAUUGCCUUCAAGGCCUCUGACCUCGACAUCGCCUCCAUCUUCGGAAUGGGUUUCCCGCCAUACAGGGGUGGCAUCAUGCACUGGGCGGAUUCCAUCGGCGCAAGGCGCAUUUGCACGAUGCUGUCGGAGUGGGAGAUGGAGUAUGGCCAGUUCUUCAAACCUUGCAGCCACCUGUUGGAGAGGGCGGCUGAAGGUCUUCCUCUGAGCGCAUCGGCGACGAAGACGAUGAACAACCAGGCCAAGGGCAAGCUGUAGUUUCUUUUCCUCAUUCUACCAUCAUUCGUUCUUUGCUAAGGUUGAUGCAGAAUAAGAAUAACGUGGCUUCAAAUCGCUUCAGACUGGGAAGCUGCUGAAUCAUGGAAGGGAAGAGCCAGAGACUGAAUAAACAAGUAACGAUUUGAAAAGAAGUUUCUUGUUAUUUGGCCGAGGUGAUUUCACAAAAAUUGAUCAUGCAAAAUGUGUCUGAAUAAGAGUGAUCAAAGAUGUGCCGCACAAACUCCAUUCGAAUUGUAUCAAAUUUCGAUCAUUGCAUAUAUCAUGUGCAACUGGAUUAUAUGCGGAGUUUAAAUCUUGGUGUGUGAAAGAGGUGUUCAAGCAGGAUGACCUAACAAGAGUUUGAACUUUGUACUCCUGUUUUGCAAGUAUUUAGUGCACUAUUAAGUUGUGUUU